AUGGCGACCGAGAAGAAGAUGCGAAUUCUAAUUGUAGGUGGAAGUGUCUCCGGGCUAUCCUUGGCCAUCAUGCUGGAGAAGUUCGGCAUCGACUACCUAAUCCUAGAAGCCUACCCUACAAUUGCGCCUCAACUUGGUGCGAGCAUCGGCCUCCUGCCUAACGGUCUGAAGAUCCUUGACCAAUUGGGAUGCUACGAACGCCUGCGUGAAAUCGGGGGCGACAUCUACUACAAGUGCUCCAUUAGAUCCUCAGAUGGGCGGAUUCUGUCAGAAACGAAAGACGCAAGUCUUUCUGAGAGCAUUGAAAGCAUGACGGGCUACCCCUGCGUUUUCAUCGACAGGCAAAUGCUUCUCCAGGUUCUGUACGAAAAGAUCCGUCACAAGGAUCGCGUCUUGACGGGGAAGCGAGUCUCCCGGGUGGAGAUGACCGACUUAGGUGUCACUGCCAAGACACAAGACGGAAGUACAUACGCCGGAGACAUUCUAAUUGGGGCCGACGGGGUCAGAAGUACUAUCAGACAGGAAAUGUGGCGCCUUGCUUCUGAGGAGAAGCAGAACGUGUUUCCGCCAGACGAGGCCCAAAGUCUCAAGUCAAACACGAAAUGCAUCUUUGGCAUUUCGAAUCUUCCCAAGGGCUGGCGUGGGAUGCAGCAUUCCGCCUUCAAUGAUGGGCGGAGCUAUCUGUUGGUCCCAGCACCGAAAGACCGGGUUUACUGGUUCUUCUUCCACGUGAUGGAUGGCACCUACUACGGGAAAGACAUCCCGAGGUUCUCGAAAGAAGACGAAAAGGAGCUUGCAUCAAGAUAUUUCGACGACAAUAUCUCUGACUCAAUCAAGUUUCGCGAUAUUUAUGAAGGACGACAGGUUGCUACUCUUGUGGCAUUGGAGGAGCACGUCUUCUCUCGUUGGAAUUACCGAAGGAUUCUGCUCAUCGGUGACUCAGCACACAAGCUUCACCCGAUCACAGCCCAAGGCGGCAACGGCGCCAUUGAGACAGCAGCAGCUCUUGUCAACACGCUGGUUUCAACACUGAAAUCAAAUUCUCAGUCCUUGUCGGACAAGGAGAUUGAGUCUAUGCUUGCGCAAGUUCAGACUAAGCGCCAAGACAACGUCACCGAGGUUAUGCAAGAAGGGCGAUGGGUCAAUAGCAUCAUCUGCCAGCAGCUGCCCCUCUCCAAGUUCCUGAUUGGGAUUAUUGUGCCUUGGCUUGGUGAUGGUCUAUUUCUUAAAAGCUGGUACAAGAGCUACUUGAGGGGCACUCAGGUAGAGAGCCUGGGCUUGCCUCACAGGCUGGUAUCCAAGUCAUCUCACGCAGCUGCAGGCUCGCAAAGCCAAUUUCGCAGCUGGGCGAUCUGGACAACUGGAGUGGCCUGUUCUGGGGUUGCGGCUUUCAUGCUCAUGCGACUACGUAAGGUGUAG